CUUGUGAUGUACAGAGAGUUUUUUAUACCUUCCCAGCUUAUAUUUGAAUAUUCCUUUUCAAGGUUUUAUAAAGAGAUUUCUCUCCUUUACCCCUUUCAGCGAUGUGCAUUUUGUAAGCACUUUGGAGCCACUAUCAAAUGCUGUGAAGAGAAAUGUACCCAGAUGUAUCAUUAUCCUUGUGCUGCGGGAGCCGGCUCCUUUCAGGAUUUCAGUCACAUCUUCCUGCUUUGUCCAGAACACAUUGACCAAGCUUCUGAAAGAUCGAAGGAAGAUGCAAACUGUGCAGUGUGCGACAGCCCGGGAGACCUCUUAGAUCAGUUCUUUUGUAUUACUUGUGGUCAGCACUAUCAUGGAAUGUGCCUGGAUAUAGCGGUUACUCCAUUAAAACGUGCAGGUUGGCAGUGUCCUGAGUGCAAAGUGUGCCAUAACUGCAAACAAUCGGGAGAAGAUAGCAAGAUGCUAGUGUGUGACACGUGUGACAAAGGGUAUCAUACUUUUUGUCUUCAACGAAUUAUGAAAUCUGUACCAACCAAUGGCUGGAAAUGCAAAUAUCAUCCCAACAUACAGUGAAUACCGAAUUGGAAAAACAGAUUUCUAAUGAGGUUGAUAGUGAAGAAAUGAAAAUGUCUUCUGAAGUGAAGCAUAUUUGUGGCGAAGAUCAAAUUGAAGAUAAAAUGGAAGUGACAGAAAACAUUGAAGUCGUUACACACCAGAUCACUGUGCAGCAAGAGCAACUGCAGUUGUUAGAGGAACCUAAAACAGUGGUAUCCAAAGAAGAAUCAAGGCCUCCAAAAUUAGUCAUUGAAUCUGUCACUCUUCCACUAGAAACCUUAGUGUCCCCACAUGAGGAAAGCACUUCAUUAUGUCCUGAGGAACAGUUGGUUAUAGAAAGGCUACAAGGAGAAAAGGAACAGAAAGAAAAUUCUGAACUUUCUACUGGAUUGAUUGACUCUGAAAUGACUCCUAAAAUUGAGGGUUGUUUGAAAGAUGUUUCAUACCAAGGAGGCAAAUCUAUAAAGUUAUCAUCUGAGACAGAGUCAUCAUUUUCAUCAUCAGCAGACAUAAGCAAGGCAGAUGUGUCUUCCUCCCCAACACCUUCUUCAGACUUGCCUUCACAUGACAUGCUGCAUAAUUACCCUUCAGCUCUUAGUUCCUCUGCUGGAAACAUCAUGCCAACAACUUACAUCUCAGUCACUCCAAAAAUUGGCAUGGGUAAACCAGCUAUUACUAAGAGAAAAUUUUCUCCUGGUAGACCUCGGUCCAAACAGGUAGGGUGAUUUUAAUGAUAUUGACAGAAAAGACAUUGGAACAAUUCUAUAAAAUCAGAAGGUAUAUGUGUAGUUUUGGUGUGGAUGGCAACUUUUUCUGUCUUCAGAUAGAACUUCAGUGUAAUGUUGAUUUUGUGUUUCAGCCAUUAUUUUUUAAAUGCUGUUAAUGAAGAAUGCCAUUUAUUAAAUUUGAAGGGAUCUUAUUUGGAAUUUCAACUCAGUUGGGCCAUAAAGAUGCAACCUAUUGAUAAUAGUUUCUAACAGAAAGAACUUUAAAAAUACUUUUAGUUCUGUGCUGCAGUAAAUAUAGAGCCUAAAAUACAUAUAGUUUUGGGUAUAAGUAACUAACAUCUAUUAUUUCCUUCUAAUACAUUUAUUUAUUGAUAUUAUUCAUUGUAUAUAUUUUUAACUGGAUAAACAUCAACAUUUAUGACAGGAAUUUUCCAUGCUGGGGAAUUUCUCAUUUUGGUGUUUUUAUUAAUUGCUAACUCUUGUGGGAUUUCUUUUUUCAAGUAGGACUUAUUUCAAUAGUUUCAUGGAAAAAAUCUUAGAAUUGUACUAUUGAUUUUCAGUAAGUAAAGAUAAAUCUUCCUGUGUGUGCUUUACAUCAUGUACAUUCUACCCUUUAAGAAUGAGUUCCAUUUCUUUUUAAGUGAGAUUUAAAUAAAACUGCAUGGCAAAAUGAGGA